GCCGACCACUCCAGUCUCCAGACGAUUCGAUCCCUCUCCUGUCUCCUCCCCCUGCUGCCGCUUUUCGGUUCUGACGCGGCGUUGAGAUGGUAGCAGUGCGCCUCCUCGCGCGAAUCUCGAGGCAAUGCGCCGCCGCAGUGUCGGCGUCCGCGGCGAGGCGGCGGCUCUUCGGGGUGCCGGCGGCCGCCGCGCAGCCGUUUGCCUCUUCCUGUUCUCCCGUCAGGGUCUCUUAUAUGUUAAAUCAGCCCUUACGCUACUCAACCACCAUUUUUCAAAGGUUUGGGUUUUCAUCUUCUACGCCACAACAAAAUGAUAAGGAGGUAAACCAACCAAAAGAUCAGGAAAGUACUGUACAUGAAUCAAAUGAUGAAGCUUCAAAGGAAGACAGUGGUUUGCCUGGAAGAGGUAUGGAAGACCUUGAUCUGUCAAAGGAGGAUCUGGUGAAGCUAGUUCAUGAGAAGGAUGAAUUAUUGAACUCGAAAGAUGAAGAAAUCAAAGAUAUGAAGGACAAAGUUUUGCGCAGCUAUGCAGAAAUGGAAAAUGUUAUCGCUCGGACAAAGCGUGAAUCUGAGAACUCAAAAAAAUAUGCAGUACAGAACUUCUCUAAGAGCUUGCUAGAUGUUGCUGAUAAUUUGGCUAGGGCAUCAUCUGUCGUCAAGGAAAGCUUCUCUAAAGUAGAUACAUCUGAAGAUUCUACUGGGGCCGUGCCAUUACUGAAUACCCUACUGGAGGGUGUAGACAUGACAGAUAAGCAGCUUGGAGAGGUUUUUAAGAAGUUUGGAGUCGAAAAGUUUGAUCCGUUGAAUGAGACAUUCAAUCCUGAUAGGCAUUAUGCAAUUUUCCAAAUCCCAGAUCCUUCAAAACCAUCAGGAACUGUUGCUUCUGUUGUAAAGGUGGGCUACAUGUUACAUGACCGCGUCCUCCGUCCUGCAGAAGUUGGUGUUACAGAGGGAGGUCCCACUGAGGAGGCAGAACAACCUGAGCAGAAAUCAAGUGGGGAUUAGAUUAAACUAGCUUUUAAUUUAGUAAAACACUAGAAGCAGAAUAGAUAGCUGUUCUUGCUUGAGCAGGCAAUGAGCUCUCCAGCUUCUCAACGGAAGUAAGAUGUUCCCUUUUUUUCAUGGAAAAGUCUAGUUUGGCUUGUAGAAAAGCCAUUUUCUAUGGGAAUAUGUUCUCUUAGCAGCACAACGUUUUUGAGAACUUAUUUUCAAGGAUGGUAUUUUUAUUUCUAAAAGAUGGCCAUUGUUGUAGGAUUUUUAGUCAGGACUUUUUAUGAUGGACACGGCAACCGUAAAAUGCUCUUCAGUUCGCCCAAAAGAUUGAUGGUCGAAUUCUCCAA